AUGUUCAUCAGUACCAAAGGUAAACUCUUGCUUUUGAUAUCAUUGAGUCUUUUGCUGGUCACAGUCAGCAAUGCUUCACCCACUGCUCAAACUCAUCAAGGCAUUUAUGUUGGUCAUCAAGUAAGAAUCAAUGAAACCAGUGUUAAUGUCUGGUAUGGAAUACCGUAUGCUCAGCAGCCGAUAGGUAAUCUUAGAUGGAUGCCGCCACAAACUCUUGGUGAAGCCAAUGGUACUAAAGAUGCGUACAUUCCCAAUGCGUGUCCUCAAACGAAUGCUUAUGGAAUCCCAAUUACAGAGGCUUGUCUCACAUUGAAUGUGUACGCUCCAGAUAAUGCAACGAAUUUGCCUGUGUAUGUUUGGAUUCAUGGUGGCAGUUUCAUAUCGGGAGCGGGUGCCGAGUAUGAUGCAGUAGCAUUCAUUAGUACAACUAUGCAACACUCUAUUCCUGUAGUUUUUGUAACUAUUAACUAUCGACUUGGCCUUUUGGGUUUUCUCGCAGAUAAAGGUUUGUAUGAUGAGCGGUCAGGUAUGAACAAUAAAAGUACUACUGGUAAUUAUGGUGUAUUGGAUCAAAUGAUGGCAUUGGAUUGGAUAAAGAAGAACAUUCGUGGUUUCGGUGGUGAUGCCGAACAAAUCACCAUUGGGGGCGAAAGUGCUGGUGGUGCUAGUGUAACCAUUUUGUUAACUUCAUCGUUAGUUACAAAUGGUACAUUUCAGAGAGCGAUUAUACAAAGCGGCGCCGUCUGGCCUAAUGCUGUAAGCUAUUUACAGGAUGCUAUUAACGCAACCGGUAAUGUUUUACGAUUACUAACGAAUUGUAAGACUCUACAAUGUCUACGAAAUCUAACAACGGAAGAAAUUCUUACUGUUCAGUACAUCAUUGGAUCGAAGAGCAUUUUCUCUCUAGCCGCUAACCCAGUUAUUGAUAAUUAUGUGAUCGAUGACACGAUGGAGAAUAAUUAUGUGAAAGGAAAAUUUCAAAAGGUUCCAGUACUCAUUGGUGCAAACACGAAUGAAUCAUCUCUGUUCACAUGUCCUGCUUUCAAUGGUUCAGCCAGUAUUAUUCAAGUUCAAGCGUUUUUCCAUUCAUCAUACAAUGCCACUAUUGUUGAUAGAAUUCCAUCCAUCUAUGGUCCUAUCGCUGCUGCUAACCAUCCAUUAACUUAUCUGAAUAUUGUAUUCAGUAAUUCUUGGUUACAUUGUGGAUCUAGACGCGUCGCUUCAGCAUUCUCUAAACAUGGUUUACCGUCGUAUUUCUAUACAUACAAUCAUCUCAUACCCGUAGCGCCACCAUGUUUUGGUGUUGCUCAUGCUGCUGAACUCGUCAUGCUCUUUCCCACCGCUCUUUCGACUUUAUUUCCACAUUAUAAUUUUACUGUAGAAGAACAGCAGUUUUCCACCAGUAUGAUGAUAUACUGGGCUAACUUCAUUCGCACAUCAAAUCCAAAUUACUCGGGAAAUUUAACGACCUGGAAUGCUUAUGAAACAUCGAGUGACAACGAUUUCGUUCUCGACAUUGAUUCUCAAACGAGAAAUUUUUAUUAUAAUGGCACGUGCUCACAUUUUUGGGAUUUAUAUGCUGUCACAAAUCAAUACCAAAUAUCGUCUGCAAUGAAAUCGAAUCAAAUAAUGAACUAUCACAUGUUUAGUUUUGCUGGUAUUUUGCUAAUAUUCAUUUCUAUUUAA